AUGUCUUUAGAUUAUGAUGUCGAGGAACGAAUUUCAAACAUAAAAAAAUCUUUGCAAAAUAUCCAAAAACAAAUAACUGGAGAAAGCUCUCAGUCUUCUUGAAUUCCUGAACCCAAUAAUUUAUAUAUUGGAUCAAAACUCUCUAAAGAAGAUCUUGAAUUAUCUUUUUCAAAAUCUCAAAAAUCAGAUUCCGGUUUUUAUAUAGAAAAAGGCCAAGAAAUAAACAAAACUAAAGCUGAACCUUGAAUUAAUGUGAAACCAGAAUUAAUUGAUUUUACCUUAAACCCAAAAUCCCCUGAAAAGAAAAAAUUCAGCUACACUUUAGAUCCAGGCAUUUCUUCAUGAUUUUUAAAACAGGACUCUUAUGAAAGCAAUGGAAAUUUUGAAGAAAAUAAAGGAAUUAAAGAACUAAAAAAAGAAAUUUGUGAUACUAAAGCAAAAAUCGAUGAAUUGGAAGUGGUAAAUAUAGAAUUAAUCAAAAAAGAUAAUAUAAUUGCAGAUUUAAAAAAUGAAUUGUAUGGCUGCGAAAGGCUAAUCCAAGAAUUAAAUAUCAAAUUAGUAAAAAUUCAUCAAAAACAAGAACUUGAUUUAGAAAAAGAAAAAGAAUUCCUCAACAAAAUCGCAGAUUUAGAAAAAAUUAAAAUUCAGUUUUCAUAUGAAAAAGCGGAAUUUAGUGAAAUUUUAAAAUCAAACGUAGAAAAAAUCAAUCUAUUAGAAAAUGAAAAUAAAGAAUUAAAAAAAAUCAAUUUCGAAUUAUCAACACAAAAUAAGAAUCUUCUGCAAAUUUCAGAAUUAUUAAAAUGGCGUGAUCUGACGUGGAUUAUGAGUUGAUCCGGACCCAGAGGAACCACAAAGUGAUAUUCUCGGGUGGGUUUUUUGUUAAGGGUUAGCCCUUGGCCCUCCUAUUCCUGCCCUGCAGACAUGCCUACCGUGCAAUGCCCUUCAGUACUCUAUAGGAGCAUUAACGAGCUGUGAUACGGCUUAGCCAGCCAUGCAGGAGGCAAAGACGGUUUACCAUACUCUGAGCCCUGCUGGAGGUUGAGAUCAUCGUUGUGGUUUGGCGAGACCUAUAAGACGAGCAGGGCAAUCUCUCAAAGAUUACCUACGUCAUCAUUUUUAGUGGCAUUAGGAAUAAAAGUGCAAGUGCAGGAUAGCUCUUAGUGCCAGCUUGAAGCUAUCCGUGGAACAACGAGGGUCUGAAAUAAUCCCUGAUGGCCACCAUAAUUUAACUCUAAUCUCUAAUCUAAUCAGCAAAUUUCUGAAAAAUCAAAAGAAGAAGCUGAAAGUUUAAAAAUUAGAAUGGGAAGUCUAUUAAGCGAACAAUCCAAAAGCAGAAGCAAAGAAGAUUUUAAAUUGAUUUCUAAGCUUGAUUCUAAAGACAAAGAAAUCCAAGAUUUAAUUAAUACAAAGGAAGAUCUCAAAAAAUAUUUAGAUGAGUGUGAGCAAAGGAUAAAUGACUUAGAAGACCAAUUAUUAGAAACACAAAGGACAUUGACUAGAAAACGAGUUUCUCCUGCAAGAGCUCCAAAAAAUGAAGAAAUAAGCUCAAGCACAAUGAGAAAAAUAAUAGGCCAGCUGAUAAGGGCUUUAAAAGUAGAAAGCUCUGACCAAAUUGUUAGUGCUUGCCAAAAAGUAAUUAAAGAGGCAAAAAUUACCAAUGAUUCUAAAGAAUUCUAUAAAAAUGUUGUUAUUCUUAUACUGGAAUAUUCUCCGCCAAACUCUUUAUCGAAGUUGCCAAGUGUAAAAUCUGUAUUAAAGUGGCUCAAAAGAUUGAUUAAAGAGUAUUUAUGAUUGAAAAAGCAAGAAUACAUAAAUCAACGCAGCCCAUAA